CCUCGGCACGGCCAUGAGCCCCGGCACAACCGUGAGCCUCGGCAGGACCGUGAGCCUCGGUACGGCCGUGAGCCUCGGUACGGCCGCGGGCCUGGGCACUCUGGUCAGCCUCGGCACGGCGGUCGGGGAUCAGGCUCCCGCCCUCCCGCCGGCCCCCCGGCUCUCAGCUUUCCCAGGCUCCCGGCGCGGUGAAUGCCUCUUUCACCAGCAGUUCCCCUCUUCCCAAAAAAGCAUCACCUUGCCAGCUCCUUUCCUCCCGCCAGCUGCCAGGAAAAUAAAAAUUAGGGCAAGGAGAGGGAGCGAGAGAAAAGCCAAUGAACUUGUUUCCAGCUUUUCCUUCGGAUCAGCCGUCCAGCACUGGGAGAAAAAUAUUUCUCCUGUAAAAAGAUCCCCUCUCUGUGCAGGCUCCGAGCCCUUCGGCACCGGGACGCUGGCUGGAGACAUGGGCUCAGCUCGGCGGCAGAGGACACUGUAUUGCCAUGGGUGCGUGGAGCCGUGGGGGUGUCCUGACCCCCAUGGGGAUGCCCUGGGAGCUGUGGGGACCUGUCACCCUCCUGCCAGUCCUGCUCCUGGGGCGUGGGGACUGUCACAGCCCUGUGCUAGCAGAGUGGUGGGGAUGGAGGUGCUGAGCCGCAGCGCAGAGCCAGGUGGGUCGUCACCCCAAGGACCACGCAGCAGGUGCCCUGGCAGGUGCUGUUGGAUUGGUCACCCCCCCCGACCCCCUUGCCGCACCCUGCCAGAGCCUUCCCGGAGGUCUCCCGGGAGUGGGGGGGACAUAGGGAGCCAGCGAGAGCAGCCGCCUGGCCAAGCCCUUGCCCCGCUGCUGGUGGGUGCAGGUUUGGCCACAGCCCCUCGCCAGGGCUCCGGUGCCAGCGCAGCGAGGGGUGCCCGGCACCACUGAUGGGGUGCAUGGAGUUGUUGCUCCCCAGAACGCGGCCUCCUCCCAGCCCGCGCUUGCUCCGGGACGUGACGGUUGUAUUUAUG